AUGUCAUUUUCCACCAAGGAUCGUGAUAACGAUAAAUACAAUGUAAAUUGUACCUUGAUUUAUAAAGGCGCCUGGUGGUACAACCGUUGUCACAGCUCCAACCUGGGUGGUCUGUACCUAAAUGGUAAGGACGAUUGUCAAGGAGUGCGCUGGUUCCAUUGGCCGAGGGGUAGCUGCUACUCUGUCAAGAAAACUGAGAUGAAGAUACGUCCAAAAGAUUUUUGAGAUAUUUCUGGCACUUUGUGCUAAGUAAAGUGUAUGUCUCUUGAGGUCUUAACAUUCUAACAAUAAAUAUUUUCAAUGAAGUUAAAAUCAAGUAAUCUUCUGCCAGGGAUGAAAUGUAUUGAAAAACGCCAGUUUGAUGAUUCUGAGUUACAUUGGUUUCUAAUUAACCAGUACACUGUAAGAUAGGUUCUUCAAUUAAAACAUUAAUCACUUGAAAAGUUGUAUUUAUCUGAACUGUUUGAAAUGAAAAGCCGGAUUGCAGUUUAACCCAGCCAAUGAAUGCUCUUGAGGUCUUGAUAUUCUAACAAUAAAUAUUUUCAAUGAAGUUAAAAUCAAGUAAUCUUCUGCCAGACAAAUGUAUUGAAAAACGCCAUGCAGUUUAAUGAUUCUGAGUUACAUUCGUUUUUAAUUAACCAGUACACUGUGAUAGAGGUGCUUCAAUUAAAACAUUAAUCACUUGAAAAGUUGUAUUUAUCUGAACUGUUUGAAAUGAAAAGCCGGAUUGCAGUUUAACCCAGCCAAUGAAUGCUACUUUGCAGGACUUUGCUGUGGCGCUUUGCAUGUGUACUUAUACUGAUGUGUCUAAAUUUUGAGUCUGUGGAUGAAAUCCUAAGGUGUGGAACCUUUUUUCCAAAAACUGCUACAAGGUGAAAUAUUUUUGCGGGGCUAUCCUGUUCGCUUACCUCAUCACGGCACUUGCACGGCUUGACGGAAAAACUGUUGAAUGAUGCUGAUUCCGAUGCGACUAACUACGCCAAGGGCUAGCCUGAGAAUACAGCCGUUUUCUCUGAAGUAGUAAGCUUUAUGUAGAAUUAAUGCGAAUCUUCUCAGUGUCAAGAGCCAUUCUGGUUGAAGCUUCGAGAGCGAAGAGACAAUCACAUGGCAAAUUUUGCCAACUCAGUUUUUAAAUCUAUUCUCGCCAAAAAACUUCUCAUGCUUUCUCGUUUGAGAGAACGCGCGUAUAAAUAAGAAAUCCGCAUCUCAUUUCUGUUCAGUUCUCGUAAGAGUCCAUUCACUCUGUUAACCGAUUCUUGUUUUAUUAAGAUGGCUGACGAACCGGUCCCGCCCCGGCCAAUGUUACACAAGCUCCAGCUCUGCUUCAGACAGCCCAAUCGCCAGUACAGUGCCGAUGACUGACUUUCCCUCGCCUGUGUUUCGCUGGCGCUAUACUCCCAGUUUGUUUACUACCCUUCCCUUGGCUCCCGUAAGGUUUUUGCACGUUAAUGCUUUGCUUUUGUAUUAUCCAGUAGCGGUGUUAUUCGUACUUUGCCUCGCUAUCUGCAGUUUGUGCAGUGUUUUUCCCUCGACCCUCGGCCUGUCACCCUUUGUAUUUUCUCUCACCACAGGUUUGUGAGUAUUUUAGUAAUAAUUCCAGCUGGCUGUGUUUUAUAUAACAAGUGUAGUCGACUGUCUCGUUAGUAGUUAGUGCCUAUCUAUGCAAUAAAAUAGCAUGACCCACCCCCUAAGGGUAGCUGAAAAUUGCACGACCCACCCCUUGCACAAGGCUCAAAACCUCAUGACCCACCCCUCUCUGCUCCGGCCCACCCCCUAUACUUUUUGACCAGUCCAUUAGUCAGAACUUUGUUUUGCGUGUUUUGCCUCACAAACACCGGGUUUGUGCAGUGCUACUCCCUCGGCUCCCGUCAAGUUUGUUGCAUCGGCUUGUGUUUAUUUUGCUUUAUUCAGUAAUUUCUUGCUUUGUGUGUUUUACCUCACCAACAUCGGGCUUGUGCAGUGCUUUUCCCUUCGGCUCCCCUCAAGUUUACUGCCUUUUGCUUUUCUUUGUUUUAUUCAGUUUGCUUUUUUUAUGCGUGCUUUGCCCAACAAGCUCCGGUUUGUGCAGUGAUUUUUCCCGGCUCCCCUCGAAUUUGCACGCUUUAUUUUUUGCUUUGUCAGUAUAUAGUUUUAACUUUGUGUUCUGCGUUCUUUGCCUUACUAAUUUAAUCUUCCUUCGAUUCCCGUAAAGUUGGUUCAUCACUUUUGUUGCAUUUGUGCCUUAUUUGGUCAAUCUGUUGGGCGUGUUUUAUUUUACGCUUUUUACAGUGGUGUUAUUUCCUCGGCCCUGUAGAUCUUGAAUGAUAACGUUUUCCUUUGCAUUUUUCUGCAAUUUAGUCUGCGUGUUUCGCCACGCGGCCUCCAGUUCUGCGCGUUUACUCCCUUGUCCCUUUGUUUUUGCUCCCUUGUGUUCCUAAUUGUUUUUCUAUUCUUUUAGUUUAUGUGUGCUAUUCGUCCCUCGCCUUUUCUGCCGUCAUUUGAUAUGUUUUUCUUCCUGUGCUUCCAUGGUAGCCUGAAAGGGUGUCUAAUGCCCUAGUCGGAUUACUGACGCUCAGGCUGCCUUCCCUUGCCCUUCCUCUUGUUGCCACUCAAGAGUUGGCAGCCUAUUCGUGUUUUAUCACGCAGUCCUUUUGGUACUCCCUGAAAGACCUCCUUGCCCAGCUCCCAGCAAGUAUCAGCAGUGUAGUUGUUUCACUUUAACCUGAGUUUAUGAGUACUUUUGUUCCACCCCUUCACCUUCAGUGUUGGAGAACUGGGUUUUUCUAUUCUUUGAGUUUUGGCAGUGUCUGGGUUCUUUAGGACGUAUCUAACGUUUAACUUCUUGGCGCGGGUCCAUUUCUCCGUCUCUUAAUCAGCGAGCGUGAAAGGGACUGUCGUGAAUAGUAUGCUAUUCGCGCCAGUCCCUUGCAACGCGAGUAUAAAUAAGAGCUCCGCAUCUCAUUUCUGCCCAGUUCGCGUAAGAAUCCUUUGGCUGCAGGCAACCGUGAAUUGUUUGUCUCUCCCUUUCACGUAUCACACCUUACGCGGCCGCGCUUCUCUUUUCCCUCCCUCCCUUCCCUGUCCUUUUCACUUCCAACUAGAUCAAGCGCGGUUCCAUUUCUCCGUCUCUUAUUCAGCGAGCCUGAAAGGGACCGUCGCGAAUAGUAUGCUAAUAUAUAGAUUUAGCCUAGGCUAAAAGCGAAGCUCUCGAUAAUAUUUAUGGUUUAUUCAAACAAAAUAUAAAAUCGUGUAAUGCUAAGCGGCGAAGGCAUGCUACGCCGGAAAACGGUGAAAAACAACAAUAGGUCUAAUUAGCAAAAAGCAACUUUGCUCUUGCAGCACACUUUUUUUGUACAUUUCUUUGCCUUUUUUUGCACAACUACAACGUGAAACUUCCAGAAACUUCUUAGUUACAGGUUUUAUGGAGGAAAUGUCGCAUGUAUUCCCGUUCACUUUUUUUCACUGCCGCUCAUUUUCACCUUGCGUUGGUGGCCGCUAGCAUUUCUCAUUUUGUCACCGCCGCUACAAAAUUUUCAUGUUGUUCUUCCAACAAAAAUAUGUCUCCUUUGUUUUUUAUCUCUCGGUCUAAAUCCCUGUCGGCCUUUUUCUCGUUGAGCUUCGCUGGCCUGCCGCCCACUUUCCUUUUUCUCUGUCUUUCUCUUGCUCUAUAUUCCAAAUCUGUGGACAUAACAAUUUAUCUAAGCUUAAUACUUUAGACAACACGGAUACAGAAUCAAUUUCCGCUUUCCGUUUUCGUCUUUAUUGACUCUUUUGUCGUCUCUGCUUUACAAGACGCCGGUGGCUAUGCGAUUUCCCGCCAAAAUAUCCUCGAGUUGCAUUUGGGUUGCCAUACCUGUUGUUGAAGUUAUUUUAUAUUGGUAUGCCUGUGGUGCGAACGGACGGUCUCUGGGUGUACGGUCACGUGAUUACCAAAUUUUCUCGAAUGGGUAGAUUACUUCAUCUUCUUACCCAUGGUGCUCCGCUGGCGCGCUUCGCGCGCGAGAGCUCCGCUAUAAAAGAGCGCUUCAAUAAAAUAUGGAUUACUUGAUUGAAUUGACUGAAUUGCUUAAAUAUUUUUUCUGAAUACUACAUAUUAUAGCAACGAGCAGAUGUAUAUUGAAGGUCCUUCCUUCUGGGGUCAGGAACGAAUCUAUUGAAAACAGGAAACAGUAAAACGCUCUCUGCGAACGACAAGUGGACGCGGAGGGCGGGGAGGGUCAGUGUUGUUGGUUAAGAGACCCAAAAAUAUAACAGGACCCCCGUGAGUAUUCAGGAUAAAUUUUCAUUUUGCCACAGAGCACCGAUGGAAAUUGAAAAUGGGAAAUAAAAAUGCUGUGUUCUUAAAUCUCGCGACAGAAGUUGUCCAAUACGUAGUAAGAUUGAUCUUGAAAGCAACGCAAACUCUUUCUACUUGGGCUUGUCAUGUACUUGUAUCUCUUGAACUGCAUAAAAACGUCAAUCGAAUAAGUAGAAUGAUUUACGUGAUCUUUUUGCUGAACAUAUGAAUUAUUUGUUUGCAGCCUAGUCCCUAGCCCGUUCUCUUUUGCCCUGUUGUCUGACGUCACAGCUCACGGUGGGGUCCAAGAUUGACCUAGCCGGAUUUGCUUGCAAAUAAAGUAUUUAUGUCUCUUCCUGUCAAAGAUUGUUUAUCUUAUUAAUAAUAUAUAUUUAAUGCAAUUCAUGUACGGUAAUACCCUAAAAGUCACAUGUGUGGCGAUAUAAGGGGAAUUAUAAUGAAAGAAGAUCAUCGUAGUUAUAGACUCAACUUUUGCAGUUUCGAAAAGAAAGCCCGAAAAGUUCACAUAUAUAAUUGUCAUAUUGAAGAAGGGGAUGCAUCUGGCGAUCACACCUCUUCUAAUCUUCUAAUAAAGGCAUGAAUUACGUAAACUACCAAAAAAGAAACAUCAAGACCCUUUGAAUACUACCAUACGUGAGCAAUACCAUGGUACUCUGGCCCAAUACAAGAAAUUACUUAAUUCUACAAAAAAGGAUUAUCACAAUGCCAAGAUUUCUGAGCUAGAAAAAACUGCAGACUAUUAAGAAGCGAAAACUUUAUUGCAAUGCCUUAAAUCGAUGAACGGCACUAGAAAAGGAAAGGAUGUUCAAUCAAUCUAGGAAGAAAAUUGUCUACAAUAUUUCCACAAUCUUCAUUCAAAUGAACCUCUUAACCCAGUGCAGCAAAACAUUUGCAAUGAGCAACGACAAAAUGAAUGCCAUGGUCAACACUCUCGUCCUUUAGAUUUCAUGAUAACUGAAAGAGAAAUACGUAAAGCUGUGGAAAAGUUAAAGAAUAAUAAAUCACCAUUUUCGGAUAAAUGAAAUGAUAAAAGCUAGUAUUGAUACACUGAUCCCUGUAUGUGAAAAAUUAUUUAAUUCAAUUCUUAACCAAGGGACCAUGCCACAGACUUGGUGUGGUGGUCUUAUUACUCCCAUCUAUAAAUCGGGCGGACGAAGCGAUCCGGCAAAAAAUACCGGUGUAUCUGUGUCUCCAGCUGCCUGGGAAAACUAUUUUGUUCUAUCUUAAACCAACGACUUCUCGAGUAUAUUGUUUCUUUGAAUAUGCUCCACAAAUCUCAAAUUGGGUUUUUACCGAAUAACCGCACAGCAAACCACGUCUUCACUCUUCGAACCGUGAUAGAUAAGUACGUUCAUAAUCACAACGAAAAGAUCUAUGCUUGUUUUGUAGAUUUCAAAAAAGCUUUGACUCGGUCUGGCAUGAUGGACUCUUGAAUAAGCUGCUGCAAAUUGAUGUCAGUGGUUCUUUUUAUAACUUAAUUAAAAGCUUAUCACAACUCCAGUCCGGAAUAUCCCUAAAUUUAAGGACAGGGCCAACUGGUCACGCGACACUUUUCAACCAAUGAGAAGGCGCGCUUGUGUUUAUCAACCAACAAAUCAAAACAUUGCCCCAGUGAUCAAAAAUGUGGGGGUGGCAGACAACCUAGAAAUUUUGGUUGACAAUUUUUGAAUUCCGAGGUCCAAAACACGUACGUUUUCCACUCCCGGGUUUCUGACAAAAGCCGUGUUAUUACUUUUUUUCGCAUUAGUACGAACCUUUGCCUUUUUUCUUUUCAAGCCCAAAACUUUAUUAGUCUUAUGGAUAUUCACGUCCAACAUCUCGCCUCACUUUGCCGAAUUUGCGGGGAUGAAAUUGAAGAUCAUAAGCGCAAGGUAGAUACUAACCGCUUUGUUUCUGAAAUUCAAUAACCUGGAAAGAUUUAAUGUUGUUGGAUUCUCCAAAUGUUCAUCCACCGUUAAAGAACAAUCAAAGAAACAAGGAAAAUCUCAAUUGUAAAUGCUGUAUUUCGCUACUCAUUGAACAUGCACUGAUUAUCUGGGAUAAAAUUAAAACAUUGCAGGUACUACAGCAAGCAAAGAAAGCACCAGAUGCGGGAAGUCAACACGAAACAACACAAAAAAACAAACAAGAAAAAUUAAUAAAUUUGAACUACUUUCUAUUCUUGUUAUGAUGACUGCUUCUUUGAUUCUUGUCCUGUAGAAGUUAAUAGGUAGUACCAAUGCUGUUUUGUACGAUCUCAACAAAUUUUCACACUCUCUCUAAGGCUAUUUUUACGCGAGACGAGUUUGCUUGUAUCAAAAAUCUUGCAAGCCAUGCCAGUGAAGCCACGACCUCUGCGAUCGGUCCGGAAUCAGUUCGAACACCCCAAUGAUUCCUUGCAAUGAUUAAUGCUCUUAUUCUCUUACAUGACAUGUUUUCUUUGAAAUAUUAAAUGUGAAACCUAGACGAGUACUGUAAGCUCAUUUUUAAUUCUGUCAGACUCCGUCCGUUGUUUUGAAAAUUUUUUAUCACUGGGGCGAUGUUUUGAUUUGUUUGUUGAUAAACACAAACGCGCCUUCUCAUUGGUUGAAAAGUGUCGCGUGACCAGUUGGCCCUGUCCUUAAAUUUAGGGAUAUUCCGGACUGCUUAAUGCUCAAUUGAAAUUGCCCAAACACCGGGACCACACCGGGACCGAUUUGCUGCGUUUUUGACUGCCACACGCACCAAAACGUUCGAAAACCGAAAACGCUGGGGUGGAAGUUGAGACGUAAGUUGAACCCUACUCGUCGAGAGGCCUGCGAUACUUCUGGUCAUCGUUUUCGUUUUGAUGGACGGUAGGAACGUCAUGUAUGGGGAAUUAUAAUGUACCGAAUAUUAUAAUACACAAACAUACACACAUAUAAUGUAACUUUAGGUACCUUACACAGCUUUACAAAGCUUUACUACACUAUACUACAAACUAUCCGGCCUGAUGGACCUUGUUUCAUUUUUGACCGUUUUCGACCGUCCACACUAAAAUGAUAUGUAUCCGUUUUUGUUUUGAUCUACUCAGUUCCAAAGCGUGUUAAAAUCGAUCCGUUUUUAAUGAAACUCCUCAGCGUGGUAUUGGUGUGGAAAGACAUUAAAUGCUGUGUUCUUAUCUUGCGUGGUGGAAUUUGUUCAUUUCAUAGUCAAAUUUAAUCUGAAAGGAAAGUCUUGAUACCGUUGCGCUCGUCACGUUCUUGUAUUUCCUGAAAUGAAAAACCGUCAAACUAAACAAUAGAAUUAUUUACUGAACACAAAAUAAGAAUAAAGGAUACUAGCUUGUCACACUUGACCUCUGUAUAAUCACUCGUACUAUAACUUCCUUUGUCCUUAGAAUUCUCCUUUGUUCUUUUUUCAUGAAUCCAGCUGCCCGUCUCCUUUACCCAUCGACUUUCGCGUUUUGGAAAAGGAGCUAGUAAAUCAAUUUUGUAUUUUAAUACUCGGUUUUCCUGGAAUAAAGCUUCGUUUGUAAUUCGCCGAUUAUCAACAAUCACAGAACCGCAAAAACACACUUAGCUAUAAAGUCAUGCUGUUUAGUUUAGAAGUUACUUCAAGCAUAUUCUUCGGAGUGCUUUCAUUACAUAUACCUACAGUAACUACAUAGUCGCAUUUAUUUUUUUAAAUACAAUGAUAGAUAAUUUGUUUCAUUUGACUAGAACGCUGUCGGAGAGAAUCGCGUUUGCAAAGUUGUUAUAGUCUCUUUUACACUUUCGUUCUUUUGUAAACAUUUUCUGCACGAGUUACUUUUCGGCGUAUUUCUGUUGGAAAAAGUCAUCCUAAUGUUUCGAGAAUCUUGAAAGUAUCCUAAAGGAAGCGUAGCUGGUGUAUAUAGCAUACUGUGUGGACCACGGCGUUACAAUGAGAUUUUCAUUCGAUAUACAUGUAUUCUGGUCAAAGCUACUCGAGGUUUUGCGUUUUUCUCAGCGUUCCACUCGAGCUAGCCUGCGAAUACAGUCGUUUCUAAUAGCUCACCGCCGCUUGCGAAGAGUGCCAGCGGAAGGGAGCAUUAAGAGGCCGUUGUAUUAACAGGCUACACAGGAAUGUUUGAGGCCGACUGAAGAGUGCAUUCAUCCCCUAUAAGUAUCCACUUCACCCUUCCCAGCACGGGUUAUUUCGCCAGUGACUGCAAACCUUACUUUAUCCUAUAGCAGUAGGUUAGCGAGACCGGACGAAGCACGAUUUUAAAACGUAAACAUGAGAUAUUCCAACUUACGGUAGGUAAACUAAUAUUAAAGUAUGUUCAAGCAAAGAUGAAAAUAGGAACUUGGACGAACACGGCGCCGGCAAUUGCCGAUGAUUCAGCAUCCUGCCCAUAAACUGACAGAAAUAUUUUACCGGGUUAGAUUCUUCAAUGUAAAACCUAAACCUAAGAUUUUACUCUUCAGAGUUCUGUUUCACAAAACAUCGCUAACGCAAAGGUAUGAAAGUAUACAUUAUGAUGCAUGAAUAAAUAUUUAUUGUUCGGUCACACGAUGUUCUAUGCAAAUGUUAAGUAAUUUUAUUGGUAAUAAUAGAUGACACAGCACCUACUAAAAAUACACAGACGAGAAAAAUCUUGUCUAAAAAUUAGAACCUAUACCAAGGCUCUGCGGAAGGCUUUGCAUCAUUUCUUUUCUAAAUUUUCAGUACCAUUUGAAACUGCUCAUAAGAGUAAGAUGAAAUAUUUUGUUGGAGCUAUCCUUUUUGCUUACUUUAUCGCAACACUUGCCAACUCUACAGUUAAACCGACGAAGGAAGCUCACUGCAAUGUGAAUAAUAACUACAACAGCUUCUACGCCGGACCAAACUGCAAGAAAAUCGAGCAACAACUAGGGGAAAUACGGCAAGAAAUCAGGGCAUUGAGAGAAAAUAAAACUAAUGGGUCUGACAACGGAAAAGGUUUGUAACAACAACUUAAUAUGUACUAGAAAUGAGCAAAGUGGAUCCUUAUUGUCAUCAAUGUCUCUCUAAAAUACCAUCAAAACCGCUUGCAAAAUCUCGCUGAAAUCGUACAAGUAUUCUGAUUUUAUCUCUUAUUCUAUAAGUUCUUCAUAAGACUAUUUUCUCAACAAAUUAUUUAUGUCUACCUUGAAGAAAAACGCCUAUGAAAAAAAAAAAAAAAAAAAAAAAAACGAAAACAAAACAAAAAAUAAUAAUUCAAUCAGAUGGUCAUUUUGUUUUCAGUUUACAAGAACUGCGCUGAAGUCUACAAGUCCGGUGACAAGAUCAGUGGAGUGUAUAAAAUCAAUCCUGAUGGUUUAGGCGAAUUUGAAGUGUUCUGUGAUCAGAAAACAGCCGGUGGAGGUUGGACGGUGUUUCAGAAGAGGCGAGAUGGCUCUGUUGAUUUCUUCCGCGCUUGGGAUGAUUACAAACGCGGUUUUGGUAAUCUGAACGCUGAGUUUUGGCUCGGUUUGGACAAGAUUCAUCGUCUGACUGUAAGCGGUGGCAGUUAUAAACUCCGUGUCGACUUGGAGGACAUUCAUGGAAAAACUGCAUUCGCAGAGUACAGCUCCUUCUCUGUGACAAGCGAGAGAGCAAAAUACCAACUGAAUUUGGGAAGUUAUUCAGGUAAGUUUAUACAAGACUGAAAAAAGAAUCAGUCGGCGAAAAAUGUUACAAAUUGGAAAAUACAAUAACAAGAAAAAAGAAAGAAAGAAAGGUAAGAUUUUUUGUCUUGCCCAAGUGAUCGCGAUUGGAAUGUGAAAGUUGUUAGUUGAUUUUUACAGCAACAGUUGACCUAUAUAUUUGUAAUGUCAUAUUAGAUUAUACCAAAAAGUUUAAAAAGGAUUUGCCCCCGUCUUGAGAGUUCAGAAAUUACGGUAUUUCGCUGAAUUCCCAGCAAGUACAAGAUCUCCACCGGUUUCGUAACUUUACCAAAUGUGAUCUUUCAUGUUCCUUUUAAGGCGGUCUUUUUAGACCUUUCGGAGGACGUUUUAAUUUAAUUUUUUUAAAAAACCCUAGAGGUGCUUCUUCCGGUUUGGAUUAAUUUAAGUGGACUAGGAUUGUUUAUGCACAAGUGAAAUUGACCGGUUGAAAAACUCUGCGAAAGAAUACCGAGAAAUAUAGACCUAUAAUUCGCUUUUCCCCUUUUUUGUAGGAACUGCUGGUGAUGCACUUGGUCCACGUCAUCGUGGUAUGUCAUUUUCCACCAAGGAUCGUGAUAACGAUAAAUACAAAGCAAGCUGUGCCUUGCUUUAUAAAGGCGCCUGGUGGUACAGCGAUUGUCACAACUCCAACCUGAAUGGUCUGUACCUCAAUGGUAAGGACGACUGUAAGGGAAUGCGCUGGCUCUAUUGGCCGAAGGGUAGCUGCUACUCUGUCAAGAAAACUGAGAUGAAGAUACGUUCAAAAGAUUUUUGAGAUAUUUCUGGCAUUUUGUGCUAAGUAAAGCGUAUGUCUCUUGAGGUGUUAACAUUCUAACAAUAACUAUUUUCAAUGAAGUUAAAAUCAAGUAAUCUUCUGCCAGACAAAUGUAUUGAAAAACGCCAGUUUAAUGAUCCUGAGUUACAUUCGUUUUUAAUUAACCAGUACACUAUAAUAGAGGUGCUUCAAUAAAAACAUAAAUCACUUGAAAAGCUGUAUUUAUCUAAACUGUUUGAAAAGCCGGAUUGCAUUUUAACCCAGCCAAUGAAUGCUUCUUUGCAGGACUUUUUUUAUGAUCUGAGUACAACUGAUGUGUCUAAAUUUUGAGUCUGUGGAUGAAAUCCUAAGGUGUGGAACCUUUUUUCCAAAAACUGCUACAAGGUGAAAUAUUUUUUUUGGAGCUAUCCUGUUCGCUUACUUCAUCACGGCACCAAUGAAUGAUACUUAUUCCGAUGUGACUAAUUUGCGAAUACAGCCGUUUCCGCGGCGAGGAGCUAGGAGAAACGGCUGUAUUCGAAGGCUAACCAAAUGCGAGACAAAAUUGAACCUCUUCAUGUGUACACCAGAAAGAAGUCGCCAGAAACAUGGGCAAGUUCAUAACAUAAGACUCUGAGAAGUCGUUUAAGGCCAUUUUGGAUUUAAAAGAAAAAACGGUAACUCGCAGUUAUAACUCUUAGUAAUGGAGUUGUUUAGAAUGAAAAUUAAAGCCUUGUGGAAAUACCACAACAAAUAAUCAUCAAUAUCGCCAAUUCUUGUCCGAGCAACUGAAAUAGGACCAUAAGACGUUUUGGUCCUUCCAUGCCAUCAAAUCAAAAACAAGGAGACCCCAGCAGUAGUUGCCUGUAAAGGUAGAAUAGUUUCAGAUCCGUCUGAUUAUAUAAAUUAAAGGCUGCCUUCUUCAAAGAAUUUUUUUAGUACACUGUACUUGUCAAAUGGCUCUCCUUUUGAUGAUCUUAUUGGUGAUUUGGUGCACCCAGAUCUCAUUUUGAAAAUAUUUACCACUCAUUAUAAAGUCGGAGACAUUUUGUUCAAUUCGACGUCAACAAAGCAACCGGUGUCAAUGACAUCCCCUUACGUAUUUUUGAAAUUUGUGCCAAGGCGCUGUUGAAUUUGUCGUUUUGCCUGGGCGAAAUUUCCUCGUGCCAGUAUAACACCAGUUUUAAAAGCAAAUACCAUGGAGAAAGUUGAAAACUAUAGAUCUAUUUCCUUGUUACAAAAUUUUGGGCAAACGCCAGGAAAGAAUUGUCCACCGCGCUAUUUCUCGCAUUUAUCACCUUUUCUCUCUGAUGAGCAGCAUAGCUGCGUGAAAGGGCGCUCCUUUAUAAGCCAACUGGUCCAUGUGGAAUAAAGCGUUGGACCGUCUUGACGUUUAUGCGCUGUUUCUGGACUUCACAAGCAUUCUUCUAUCGCGUACACCACAAGAGACUGUUGCAUAAAUUGCGUAACUCUGGAAUCUCAUGAUCAAAUAAAAAACAAAUGUUGUUAAUGGCGUAAAUUGUUUAACUUAGCUGAAUAUCUUAUCUAGGGUACCACAGGGAUCCAUUUCGGAACUUCUGUUUUUCAAUUCGUUAUUUAUGAUUAGCGAUCUGCCUGAAGUGAUAAACUUUAAGUAGAAUUAAAAUGCGAAUCGUCGUUUGUCAAGAGUCGUUUUGUUUAAAGCUUGGAAAGCCAAGAGGCAAUUAAAUGGUAAGUUUCGCCAACUCAGUUUUCAAAUUCUAUUCUCUCCAAAAAAACUUCUCAUCCUUGGGUUUUCCCUUUUGAGAGAUUUGCUUGUCUGAUGUUUUUUUUCCUUUUAAAGUUUCUAGUAUGAGAAAACAUGACAAUACUCAGUUUAGUAUUUAGCUGAUGCCUUGUGCUUCACUGUUAAAAUUGUUUUCAGUUACUCAUCUCGACUCAAGCCUCUAGCGCCUGCCUGAAAUGAGGUUGAAUCUCGAUCAUUCCAACAGCCCUACCGAGAUCUACACGCGAACGAACACACUCAUAUUCUGCGUACUCUGGAAAAAAAAAAAUACUUACUUCACAACGUCUUUUUGGAAACGCACAAUUUCGAUGUUUUUUUCCGAAACAUGUUUCGGCUUCCUCUUGUCCCUACCUGUUAAACCCGUCAGCUUCUCCUCUUAAACAAAACCAAAAAAUUGCGACCCUUCUCCAUCAUAUAUGGCUGCAAUAUUGGUGUUCCAAAACAUUUAAAGGGCGGCCAUGUUGACUUACCAAGCUAGUAUGUUUUGGUUUUCUCCAGGGGAUUUAGCCUUUUGUCUUUUCAUAAAUUAUGCAAACAUGCGCACGUGGAUGUAAGUGCAUAGCACAACAUAUUAAAGAAACAUUUCUCUGGGGUACCAUCAAAUGUCCCGAGAUGGGAAAACAAAACCUACAAGCUAAAAAGGUCUAUUCUGUGAGAGUUGAAAACGUAUGUAAACGCUUACAAAAAAACGUACUUUCUUGUCCAAUAUCCCCGGUGAUGCAUUUAAAACUGAUACAAAACUGUAGUCAAACUACAGCGAGAGCUCGAGUACAGGUCGUGAACGAGGGCCAAAUAGAUGGAAGAUCACUGGCUCUUGGCUUAUUUUCUCAAACAUAAUUUUGCCUGUUUCUACCACUCCUUUUGAAAUAAAAGCCUUAAAAAUAGUUAAUCCCAAGGUUUUAGUGCCAAUUUCCCUACAGGAACUGAUAGAAUUAUGUGUAUCAUUAAAUGAGGAUUUCCUUUUUCCUUUUUGAAUACAAACUGAGUGAAGUGAUAAAAUUUUCAUAUAUUUUAACAACAAACAGUAAAUUUACAUUAAAGCUCCUGCCUUUUGGGUUGGCUGUAACGAAUCUAUUAAAAAGUGAAAUAACGCUCCUGGUAAACGACAAAUGGGUACGGUGGUGGGUGGGGAGGGUCACGGUAGUUGUAAGCCCAAAGGGACCCCACCAAAUUACAAAAAGACCCACGUAAAUAUAUUUGCAAGUGUUGGGACAGAGAGGGAGAGGGAGAGAGGGAGGGAGGGAGGGAGAGAGAGAGAGAGAGAGAGAGAGAGAGAGAGAGAGAGAGAGAGAGAGAGAGAGAGAGAGAGAGAGAGAGAGAGAGAGAGAGAGAGAGAGAGAGAGCCAUAAGAACGGGCACUUUUGUAACGAAAAAAGGGCACUUUUGUAACGGGAUAGGGAACUUUUGUAACCAAGGUAGGGAACUUUUGUAACCAAGGGCACUUUUGUAACGUCACUAGGGCACUUUUGUAACGACAACAGGGAACUUUUGUAACGUUAUAGGGAACUUUUGUAACGAGUGGGGCACUUUUGUAACAAUCUGGCACUUUUGUAACUAACGAUUUUUUUUUAAAGAAAAACAUUCAGCGAUUGUAGUAAUCAAAGAUUUCCCUGCCCUUUUACAUACUUCAACUAGUAAAAUUACUACCCUUUCAUAUACCUGAAGCCUAGAAAAGGUAGCCCUUUCGGGCGGUCAGCUUCCUCGUUUUGGCCAUUUUAGUGAGUACCCCCAGGGUGGGGGUAUGGGACUUGUUUACUGUGUGAUCUUUAUUUAGUUGUAUUUUAAGGACAGGAAUAAUUUAACAAAGUCCUUUUUCACAGGAAAACUCAUAAGAAGAAAAUGCAAGUUAGUUACCGUUGUUGAUAUACCUGGAAGAAUAUAACACAAUCCUUUAUCUAAAAAUAAAAUGAGCCAUUACAAAGUCACUGAUGUUAAUAUUACUGAAAAUGAAUAAGGGACAACAUGAUGCUGACUAGAUAUGAGAAACGAGCUGGUGUUAUCGGUUGUCCAUACUCUAUAAAAUGCGCCAUGCUUAAAGUAAAGAAGUCUGUGAACAUUUUUUUUUUCAAACGCAACGCAAAAUACAUAAACUAUCUUACAUUUUCAGGUAUUCCUUUGACCCCGCGGCUACAAAAAGUGAUUUUCUUUAGUCCCACAGCCAAAAAUCGUUUGUCUAAAUGUCGAGUCGCUAUUACGGGGUUAAAAUGCGGCCACUUUAACGAAAGUGAAGAAAGAGCUUAAAAACAGCCAACAAUCUCUGUAUACAAAACACCUUAAUGGGACGUCACCGAAUACUAUUUUUGCUCCCAGCAAAUACGGUCCGAAACCCGCUUUACGGACACCCACUUGAUACGGACACCUUGAUAUUACGGAGUACAGUUUUCUUUGUCCCAGGGAAAGAAAGCCGUUACAUUUUCUCUAAAUUCAAUCCUUUUUUAUACCGACACCCGUUAAUGCGGACAACAGACACUUAUUUCCUGCCUAAUCAACGAAUUUUCAUAGAGAGCCAAACUCGCUAAUGUGAAUACUUCAAUAUCAACUGUGUGCAGUAAUAGACCUCUCCUUUUUGAAGGUAAAAAGUUCUUCAGUUGAUCAUGACAGCAUGUCGAUGUUCCCAGCGCUACAAUACACCAGAUAGGGAGGUUUUAGACGUCACCGAUUUUAGGCAUCAAACGAAUUAUGCAGAG